AUGUGUUUGGACAAUGCCUGGGCUACCAAGGCUGCCAUUCACGAUGCUGCUGGCAUCAAGGACCCUUGGAACGCGUCGGACGUGUCGGUGCCGUGCUGGGCCCUGCAGGGUCGACCUUGUCAGGACCUUGAUUCGCCCCGGGUGGCGUCUGGAAACUUGGGCCCGGGUGGCAACUUAGGAUUUGGAAGGCUGGACGCGGAAAUUCACGCGGACAGCUUGCCCCCAGCUGAAGAGGAGCUGCAGCCUAAGGGCUUCUUCGGCCGUGCUUGGGACCAGCUCUUCGGGAUCCUUAGCCUAGACCUCGGCAGCUUUCAACGAUACCCUGAUCCCUCCGGUGUGUCAAACUUGCCGAGCGACCCCACGGUCUGGAUCUUCGGCCUGAUGCUGGGGUGGCCGCUGUUGCAAAAUCUCUUCGCCGCCAGCGGCGGCGCGGCUCCACAGGCGGGAAGUCCACGAACGAUCCAGGAGGGCGACCUGGUGAAGGUCGAAGAGUUGGAGGUGCACAAGGAGUAUAAUGGCUUGCAGGGCCGCGUGCUGGGCCGUGUGGCGGCCGAUGGAGGUGACGUGAAGCAUGGGAGCCCAGCCAUGAGCCACCAACGUUUCCUCACAAUUCUGUCAGUCCUAUGGGCCAGCAGUGCCGCUUUCAAGCUGUUGGACGUUGGAGCCCCUAGAGCUGGAACGCAAACUAUGUAUGAUGCCAUGAGAAUCCUGGGGUUCAAUCCGUUGCACACGGGCGUUUCGAGAGAGAUCCGCCCGCCGCUGUGCGAUUAUUUGUUUGGCAAUGGUCGGCUCGAGGAUGCUCUGGCAACCUUGGCUGCAUUUGAUGGCGCCAUGGAUGAACCUGUCAUGCUGAUGUAUGAAGAGGUCAUGGCAGCUUUUCCCGAAACCAAAUUUGUGUUGACCAUCCGAGACGCUGAAAGCUGGUUUAGCAACUACUUACACGUUGGUCAGAUGAUGUAUUUCAGCGCUGACGUUUCCGGAUGGGUCGCAGACACCAAUAGUACUGACUACAAGUGCUCUGGCAUGCGAGCAUGGGGCUGCAAUUUUCGAGAUCCCUCGGCCGAAGAGAAAGAGACCUGCUUGCAAAACUAUGCUCGUCACAAUGAGAGGGUGCAAGAAGUGAUUCCACCUGAGCGUUUAUUGGUCUACAACUGGUCUGAUGGAUGGGCCCCAUUGGCCCAUUUUUUGGGCACAGCCAUUCCGGAGGAAGAAUUUCCACAUGAAGAUUCCCUGGUAUUAGGUAGCUUUACGCCGAUACGUGUUUCGCUUUGCGAGUACUUGUUCGGCAAUGGCCCACUGGAAGAUGCCAUAGCUCUACUGGGUGCCUUUGAUGCUGCUAUGGAUGAACCUGUCAUGCUGAUGUAUGAAGAGGUUAUGGCAGCUUUUCCCGAAGCCAAAUUUUUGUUGACCCUCUCAGACGCUGAAAGCUGGUUCAACAGCACUGUAGAGCUGGCCCGAACAAUGUCCUUCAACCGUGCUGUGAUGUCCGUUCCAGAUCCACUGGAUGAGUUGGACAGAAACUCUUGGAAAUUCCUUUGUUCAGGCAUGAAAUCAUGGGGCUGCAACUUUGAGAAUUCCUCGGCCGAAGAGAAAGAGACCUGCUUGCAAAACUAUGCUCGUCACAAUGAGAGGGUGCAAGAAGUGAUUCCACCUGAGCGUUUAUUGGUCUACAACUGGUCUGAUGGAUGGGCCCCAUUGGCCCAUUUUUUGGGCACAGCCAUUCCGGAGGAAGAAUUUCCACAUGAAGAUGCUGUGAAGAGCAGAAACGAAGAACGCGAAGUCGAAGCCCUCAGCACCGAGUGCAGCUCCAAAUUGGAAGCGAGACGAAGGAUGUUCGCAGUUUCGGAUAGUUUUCUAAGCAUUUUUGGUGCUCUUUGCAGCUUUUCCAUCUGUGCUGAAGCCUCUGAGAAUGUCACAGCCUGGAAGCUCCGUAGGAUCUUCAUCACUCUUGGUCCACUGGCAGGUGUCAUGUUGCCUGUGACCUUCGCUCUGUCUCGGCUCAGAGAUGUAGCUGAAAGGUUUUCCUUGGCAUGUGAGAAGACGGGCGCCCAAGGACCAUGCUAUGUCCCCAUGGAAGGUGGCUCCACGGUCGCCAGGGCCCGCCUGGCAGCUCUGCUAGCGUUUUUGCUCGCAGGUCCCUGGGUGUACUUAGCAGACAACCCGGAGUACUACAGGGACCUGUCAUUUGACAAGGGUGAGUUGGUGGAGUGCCACCUUUAUGACGAUGGAGGAGGAGCCCAAGGCUUUGGGCUUUGGGAUAUCAGAGAGCAGCUGGAAAAGGCGAAAUCUGGUUUGUGGGUCAAGGCGAGGCUGAUCGCCGUCAGCGAUGCGCACCUCAAGUGGUGGUUGACGUCAGGACCGGGGUCUCGUGAAAAGAGACGGUUCCCCUUGCACUUCUGUGCCGGUCCGUUGGCGUCUUGCAAAAAGAAGCUGCAAGACCCGACCUUCGAGUUCCACACGGACUUCUUCCGUAAAGUGGUGGCUGGGAGUAUCACCGACAAAAAGAUCGGGUGGUUCAAGGAUGAAAGCGCCAAGGAUGAUAUCGCAGCGGAGGUGUCGCGCCUUGCUGGGAUUGCAACCCCCCGCGGGGGAGUAGGUGCCACCGCGAAAAAGACUCCUUUGAACUUCUCCGACUCUGAGAACCCUCCGAGCGAGGUGGCCCUGGGUGUGACCCCGCCGGCAGGCGAGAAUGUGGAGGCUCGUCUCGUGGACCUCCGUCAGUCACUUGGCAAAGUGAAAGCCAAGGACAAGAAGGACAAAAAGGCCAAGAAGGCCAAGGAGGCCAAAAGGCCGAAGUCCGCGGACGACAAGAAGAAGCCCGCUGCGGCGGAGGACGCACCGCUAUGGUUUGGUAAGAGAAAACCAGGUGGUGCAGAAGCUGGGUCUCGAAGCACCAGCUCCUCUUCUGAGUCGUCCGCCCGUGGUCACCCUCGGGACAAGGGUCGGCGGAGCAAGAAAGAAGGCAGAGCACAUAGGGCCAGAAAAUCCCGACGCGUCGGUGACAGAGGACCCUUUGGGACUGGAACCAAGGUUCAUUUUGAAAAAGAGAGUGGCUCGUCAUUCAGUUCUGAAGGCGAAGCGGGCGACGGACAAGUUUUUCAGGCGGCCCCCUCCAGCAAAUCGAAACACCUGCAACUACUCGAGUACGCCCAAAAGAACCCGGGGCGUCUAGCAAGCAGGUUGUUAUCGAAGAUGCGCACGUUGCUGGCCAGAGAGGAGGGGGCCUUGAACGCCGAGGCCAGCCAAGCCAACUUGACCCCCGCUACCGCGACGAGCUACUUCCUGACAGUACUCAUCCCGCUUCAUCGGGAUCGCCUGAAUCUACGAGUACAGCGGGAGUUGCGCACCAUUGCGCGAGCUCUGGAUCUGGUGGCGAUGGGGACGCCGGAGAGAGCGGCGGAUGUGCUAGCGCAGCGCAUGAAGGCGCUCGAAAUGAUGAUCGCCGACCAGAGCUGGGCGAGGGCAGCCCAUAUCGAGCUCCUUCCGCCCGAGGGCGCGACGCUCGUCGAACCCGACGAAAGGCCCGACUAUAUCCCAGUGGCAUUGUUGAAGAACAUCCUGCAGUACAAGACUGGUCAAGGGAAAGACCGGACGUGGCGACGCCGAUGGCCUUCUUCAGCUGUCUUCGUCCUGCUCCACUUCCACAGGGCAGAUGACAAAGAUUCGGACGAUGAUGGCGAUGAUGUUGGUGCCAAACCUGGUGCCAAAGCGGAAUCUGCUCAGAGGGUUGGUUCUGGAGCUGGGCCUGAGGGUCCAGACGCUGGGGGUUUGAAGGCCAAGAAAAACAAAUCUGAUUGGGAUUACAAGAACAUCCGUGAUGCAUUCAUCAAACAGAAAAAGAACGAGGGCUACACAUAUGCCAAGGCGAAGGAUUUGUGGGAUCAGUCAAAUGAAAAGGCAUCCUACUUAGGUGCUGCUUCUGUACAGGCUGGCCUUCGUGGUGCGGCCAUAGAUGUGGUUGAUUGCCCAGUGUGGGAUUUGGUGACCCCUGCAGCCUUUGCGUCUCUAGGUCUGCUGGCUCUGCGAAGCCACGAAAGGAAAGAGCAUCUUCAGGAGAACAAAAUGCGCGCUUGGAAAGGAAAGGGGAUCGGCAAGGAAGGUGAAGGAAAAGGAAAGGCUCGCGACGACAAGGGGAAAGGGAAGAAAGGCCAGCGCUGGAGCGAAGUGAAGGUGAUGGAUUCACUUGACGAGUCGUCCGAUGUGGCAGAAUUGGAUGACGAUGAACUGGACCCGGUCCUGACGGACCGAGAGGAGGAUGUGGCUGAUCUUUCCCCGGUCGCGGCCGAGGCUGAUAUGAGUGUCACCGCAGAUCCGCGGAUCCAGCCGACCACAACACUUGUGGAGUGGCAGGACCUGGUUGGUGAAACGUUUAAGCAGUGCCCCUCAAUGGCUGACCUGGGUAAGUAUCUCAUGUCACAGGUGUGCAGGGCGCCGACGCCGCUGGGCCGGUUUUUCCGCCAAUGGUGUCAACCCGCACAGCCCCCUCCGGGCGCCGAGCCCGCUCAUCAGCGGCGCGGCGACAUCCUGCCUAUCCCACCGUGGCUGGUGACAGCGGCAGUCGAUGGGGUCACUGCGUCUAAUGUUUAUUGGGUAUGGUUUAUCACGGUGAUUCUGAAUUUCAACUACUGCGCUGGCUGGAGCAAGCCGGUCUGUGUACCCAUGGAGGACAAGCUGACGUCGAACCAGGCAGAAGCGCUGCGGCAGUUGGGCGAGCUGGUGGACACCAACAUCCUGUCGGCGGAGCCACUUGGUUCCUUGGGACAGGCCCGCGAGUUGCUCGCGUCAAAGAAGUUUGACUACUCGGGGGCUCCAAUUGAAUAUAUGGAGGAGCUCAAGGCUGAUCGGGUUGCCCCCGCCUGGCCGCGGCCAGGGGAGGCGGCGGUGCAACCCAUCGCAAAAUACCUGGGGGAGGCAACACGACAGGCGCUCAUGGACCCAACAAGGUUGCUCCUCCCCCCGGAUAAGAUGCCUCAUCGAGCGCCUCGCUCACGAGUACGAGCCACAGACGCCGAAUGGUUUGCCAUCUGCAGCUUGGCGCAUGAGCGGGGAAUCAUGAAACCGGUUGACGAUGACCUCAUCCCGCGGGAUCGCAUGGGUCACUUGAUCACUAAUGGUGCCGGGGCAGUCCUCAAGGAAAAGCAAGUUGAUGGUCGACUGGUUAAAUGCCAGCGUUUCAUAAGCAUCCUGUGCCCCAUCAACGCUGUGACGGUGCCAUUGGAAGGUGAGCAAAGCACCCUUCCCUUCAUCGGUUCCAUGACGUCCAUCCAAUUGGAUGAAGAGGAGGUGGCCUAUCUGGAGAGCGAAGACCUACAAUCGGCCUUCAACCUUUUCGCGGCCCCAGAGCAGUGGCUGCCCAUGUUCGCCUACUCGAAAAAGGUGGAUGGCGCUGCCUUUGGCCUGGAAGCGGGUAAACUGGUGAGACCUGCCCUGGCAACCAUUCCAAUGGGGUGGCACAGCGCGGUUGGCCUCGUACAAGAAGCUGUGCGCUGUUUGGUGUUUGAGCGCUGUGGUGUCCCAAGGUCUCUCUCCGUGGAGAAGAAUCGACCGUUGCCGCCUGGUCCUGACAGGGCUAUAGUGUACUUGGACAAUUUUGAUGAAAUCCGCGUGGUUCAGAGGGUGAGCCAGGAAUUGGCCGACGAGUCUGACAGCAUGUCAGAGUACCACCGGAGGUUCAUCGAGGUGUGUGACCAGGACGGGCUCCCACGCAGUGCCGGCAAGCAGUUGAUUCAUGCGUUUGUCGGUGGCCUGCAAGGCGGGCAGUUCGAUGGCCAAAGGGGUACACUGAAGGUGGCCCCUGACAAGCUGCACAACUUCGUGCGGAUUAGCAUGGCCCUUCUGUCAAGCAAAAGCUGGGGUGAGUACCAACUCCGCCACUGGGCAGGCAAGGCCGCUUUCAUCGCGGCCUUCAAGCGCCUCUUGUUCUCAAACCUAUUUGAGAUCUUCCCGUUGAUUGAGGCGUCUCGCCGCGGCGACGUGGCGCGGCUGAGCCCCGAAAUCAGUUGCACCGAUGCGUCGCCCACCGGUGGUGCCACGGCAGUGGCUACACGCUUCAAGAGCCACUUCCUGCAGGUGCCUGACGCGCAGGUCGAUGACAGACGCUGCGCUCACUGUGAGGAGGAGCUGGAUGACCAUGAUGUCACUUAUCCGUGCAGUCGCCGGUGCGGACUGCGGUCCUGUUCACCCAUGUGCGCCUACACGCACGAGGGAUUGAGAUCCAGCGGAGUGGAUCUCAAGAUCCCAUCGUACCCUUGGGACUUUUUUACCCCAGAAGGUAAGAAAAAGUUGGAUCAGAUGGAAGCCGACAGCUGUCUGGCGGCCACGCACUGGGCUCCGGAACGCAAGACCUUUAGCGCCGUGCGCGGCAGGCCGAUACAGCUCCCCAGUGGCAGGUAUGUGGCUGGUCCAAAAGUAUUGAGAUCCAAGGAAAAACCAUGGGGCUUCUCAAACCUGGGCCGUGAUGAUAUGAUCAAGGUCCGACAAGGGAACGGCAUGGCAAAGAGGAGCCUACAAGGCUUCAAAGAGGGGCUUGAUGCAGGGCGAAUUGUGACGCUCGAACACCCCUGGAGUUCGUUCAUCUGGGAUACGCCGGAAGCAAAAGAACUACUCCUGGACCCACGGGUUUUCGUGAUUUGCUUCUCGGACUGCUGCUGGGGUGGAUGGCGGCGCAAAUGGACGUGCAUCAUUACCUCGGACCCGGGGUUGCACCAGGCGCUCCACCACCCGCACUGCCCGGGACACUACUGGCUGAAGCCCUCUGAGCUCCAUGACACUCCUGGUGGGCUCAUCUUUGAAUCAGAGACUGAGCGAGAUUACCCGUGGAGCUUUUGUGUCGCUUAUGCCCAAGCUCUAAAGGAGUCGAUGAACCGCCGCACUCCUCAGCCGGUUGGGAUGCUGCCCAGAGACGAGCUGAUGGCCAUUUUCUCAGCAGUGAAACGAGCAACCAAGGGCCUGCAGAAGGAAGAAGUGGCCAUGAAAGUUGCGAAACAGGUCAAUGCUUGGGUAAACAGCAUGACCCCCGGGCAAGAAGUGGACCAUUUGGCAAAGCUGCUACGCCAUGUCUCCACCCGCGGGUGUGAUGUCAAAAUCUUGCUGGACCCGGAAGAUGGGAGCCUAGCCCUUAUGGCUCCUUACCCGGCAUUUGUGUGGUUUUGGCGUACAUUGGUUGCCUACCGCUGGGGGCAGCCGCAACACAUCAACCUCUUGGAGGUCUCAGCCUUUUUGGUCGAAAUCCGUCGGCGGGCCCGGGAUUCCACCGCCCUGCGGGGCAGAUUCGUCAACAUCACGGACUCCCAGGUCGCCUACCAUUGUCUCACGAAGGGCAGGAGCCCCUCAUCCCGUUUGAAUCGUCUGAUCCGCCGCGUGGCUGCCGUGUCUUUUGCGGCGGACCUCACCCCGUUCCACAUUUGGACGAUCAGCAAAUGGAACUUUGCUGAUCACGGCAGCAGGUUGGAUGUUGACAAACCACGGCCGAGCGUCACCCAAAUGUGGCUCCGAGGGCUCUUGAGCUUUUUGCCUUUGAGGUCCCUGCUAAGACGGGCACGAAAGCCGCUGGAAAUUCAGUAUUCCACAGCGGAUGACACCGUUCCGACCUUGGGCCGAGUCCUUUGCCAGCUGCGAGUACCGCGUCGGACCGGCAAGCGAAAAGUUGCUGCAACAGCCGAGCAGCCGGAGAAAAAAAAUGUGUCGACGGCGAAGGCCAAAGGCAAAAAGAUGUUGAGGAAGAAGAAGCCCGUGGAGGUCCAAGACGAAGAGGAUAGCCCUGCGGAGUAUGUGCCUACCGAGAAAAACAUGGCGAAGAUCGAACAGAUGCUGAAGGAUGCUCAAGAGGAAGAGAAGCAGGAGGGAAAGAAAAGGAAGACGCUGAAAGACAUCAUCGCGAAGAAGAAAGAGGAACGGAAGGAGAAAAGAAAGGAGAGGCAGCAGAAAGAUCUGGGGCGCCCGAUGACUUCCAAAGAAAAGUUGAAGUUGAAACUCAAGAACAUCAAGGAGCAUUCCUUGACGAAGAAGAAAAACGUUGCAAAGAAGGAGAAAGCCGCGCCCAUGGUGAAGUCCACGCCAUGCAUGUACUUGAAAGCUGGAAAGGUGUGUCCACAUGCCCAGUGCAGAUACUCUCACGACCUUUAG